AUGCUGUUCUUCUACUUCAUCUACUUGUCGCUUGGAGUGGAAUGUAUUGGAGGUGCUCCUCCUCUUUGCACCGCUUGCUCCACCAGUGAUCCCAAACUCUGCACUACCUGCUCUGCGGUUGGGAGCGAUGAAUUUGGACCUAAUGCCUGCGCUGCUUGUGGACUAGGAAUGUGCCUUCAGUGUACUCCUGGCUCACCUUCUUCCCCCUCUACCAACAAGUGCACUAAGUGUACAGAUGGAUACACUGUUGUCAAUGAUAACUGUGCCGCGUGCAACGAUACCGUCAAUGGCAUUCCCAACUGUGCAAAGUGUUCUCAGCGUUAUUCUAGCUAUCCUCAGUUAUUGUGCACAGAAUGCAGUGAAGGCUAUGUUCUCCGUUCAGACUUCUGUUCUCCGUGCAGUAGUUUUGCUGGGGAUCACUGCGUACUUUGCUCUCCGUCUGCAUAUAGUCCGGAUACUACUAUCAAGUGUACCAGCUGCGAAGAGGGCUAUAAGCUGACAAAGUACGGUGACAACUACAUCUGCAAGAAAUCGUUCACUGUAGUGGAGAUACUAGGAAUAGUAUUCGGGACCUUCAUUGGUAUUAUAGUGAUUGUUGCUAGCGCUAUCCUUCUGGAUAUGCACAUUGAUAAGUUGUAA